UGUUUCUGACGACAGCCAUUUUGCAAGUUUCAGUGAGAUAUCUAUUUUAGUUUUGCAAAGUAAUAAAAGCGGUAAGCAUUUUUUUCCGAACGAGUAUAUCUACAAAUUUUAGGGAAAAAUAGAAGGUAACGUGAGUGUAGUGCGGCUUAAUAAUAACAAAAACGAUAUCGAUUCGUUCGGUAGUUAAGUGAUUAGUGCCACCCGUUAAAGACAGUUUGCUUUAUGGGAGUUGUGUGAUAGGCACAUGUUGUUGAAUAGUUUUUUUAAAAAUACGGCUUCUUUUACAAAAGCAGUUUAAUCGGCGAUCAAUUGAAACCAACCUGUCAUAUCUGCACAUCAUUGGCCAUAAGUGAAACGUUGUUGUGAUCUUUUACUAUAUUUGUCUCGUUCUGUUACAUUCCUGAAGUUUUUUGGGUAUCCGGUUUAAAUUUAAAUUUCGCACAUUUUUUGUUCAGGGGGUGUUGAAGGGUGAAAUAUCUGUUAAUUUUUUAAACGUCAACUACUUCAGGGAAGUGAUUUUGUGAUUGAUAGUCUUUCUACGUCAUGAUUGUGAAUGCAGAAAUGGCAUAGUGAUUUUGAACCUAUUUUUGAUCUGAAUUCCAAUUGUAAUGCACAAAAUCGUGUGCAAAUCGAUUUAAACGAUAUGUCAGCCUAGUAAUAUAGAGUGGAUAUGACCUUGAUGAAAAUAUUACACCCAUCACUUUUUUAAAAAUAAGGUUAGGUUGUAUAUUAUCUUACCAAAUUCCCUUUGAAACGUAAACGGUAGACGUGGUAUUGGAUUUUCAGAACGGCUGGUUUAGAAUCCUACUUGGACUAAUUUCAAUUGGAUACGUGUACAUGAAUGGGGAUGUUGGUAAACUGCCUUCAGGGGCGGUAUACACAGCCAACUCUGAAAUUGCUGCCUCCACUGAUAGUGUACCACAGUAUGUUACUCUCAACGGGGUAGCAGAGGGAGCUGAAGGACUGAGUUCAACUCAACCUUCAGCACCAUCCGAUAAUGGAACACAAACAAAUCUACCAUUACCUCAACUUAAACAAAUGCUGUCUCAGCAAUUGGAGUAUUACUUUUCUAGAGAAAACUUAGCUAAUGAUGCCUAUUUGCUGUCGCAAAUGGACAACGACCAAUACGUUCCGAUUUGGACGGUUGCCAAUUUCAAUCAGGUAAAAAAGCUUACCAAAGAUAUUAAGUUAAUAACGGAAGUUUUGCGGGAAUCGCCCAAUGUGCAAGUCGACGAAGAAGGAGUUAAGGUGCGACCGAACCAUAAACGUUGCAUCGUCAUUCUGCGGGAAAUACCGGACAAUACGCCCGUUGAAGACGUUAAGAAUUUAUUUUCUGGUGAAAAUUGUCCACGUUUCAUAUCGUGCGAAUUCGCGCACAAUAACAAUUGGUAUGUGACGUUUGAAUCAGAUGAUGAUGCACAGCGGGCAUACCGUUACUUGCGUGAAGAAGUGCGUGAAUUUCAAGGAAGGCCGAUAAUGGCACGUAUUAAAGCGAAACCGAUGAAUAGGAUGCCCAUAGCGCCACCUAUACCGUCCGCUUUCAAGAACGGCUACCGGGUUACACCUCCACCUACAGCUGUUUAUGAUCCAGCUGCCUUUCCGCCUGGACAACAAAGGUUUAUCUUUGCUAACGGCACCCCUGGCCAAUCCGUUACCUACCCCAAUCAGGUGCACGUUUAUUCUCCAUACCAUCAACAGCAGCAACCUCCGUUCUAUACUUCAGUAGUUCAGGCGUGGCCAACGGGAGCUGCUGGCUACUAUGAUAUUAGUAGCGUAUUCCAGGUAAAUGGGUUAGCACCACAAACUUUCAAGCCACCACAGCCAUUUCGAGCGGGAGUAACUGGAAGUGGUCGUCCUCGUAAACAGAAUAGAAAUAACAAUAAUAAUGCUAAUCAAAAUAAUUCCUCUUCUGCAUCAACGACUGGUCAGCAAAAUGAAACGAAUCAAACGAGUGGUGGUGGGAGUGGCGGUCGACAGGCUCCACCGCCGUCUGUUUCACCAGGAGGAAAAAAGGGUGGAGAUGUAGUAAAAGUUGGUCAACAUAACAACAAUGAUGAUACUUGUAUAGAACCAGCAUCUGCUACAACAGGUUUGCAAGAAGUAGUUCGGACAAGUGUCGUUAUGGAUGAAGGUGGCGCUAUACUAUACAGGCCUUUAUUGCUAGCCCCCGUAAAUGUCGUUAAAGAACCGGUACCUCCACGACACCGACGAAAACGAAAAGAUGAUGAUGGGGCAUUGGCCAUAUCCGGUGGCUCAUUGCAAACUUCACAGCAGCAGCAGGGAUUGCAACAAACUCGGGGUGCGCAGUUCGACCUUGAAGAAUCGGCAUUUCCUCCUUUACCAGAUCAUUCAAGUGGGCAAUUACCGAUUAAACAAUCGCCGCAGGUGUCUUUAACGUCGGGCGCCUGCGGCGAAUCUUCCUCUCAAAAUCAACACCAUCACCAUAACAAUCAUCAUCAGCCACAACCAAUACAGCCACAAUCGUCACACCAUUUACAGACACAACCGGUGGCGGUGGACAGUUCGACAGCACCUACGUCAAAUUGUUGGGGUGAAAAUAACCGACUGGCAGAUGUAGUUCGUGGUACAGCAAAGACAAGAACAAACAGUAAGGAAACAGGCUGUGGUCCGGAUGAUCCAACUAGAGGUUCAUCUCCAUACGGCGCUGGCCGGUUUCAAGGAAGCGACUCCAAAGAAUCGUCCACGGCGCCUUCCAAUGGUAGGGAACAACAGCACGUUACGCCACCAAAUUCCCCCGAUAAAAUAGUUCCUGUUUCAAAUGCAAAAUGUACGAUGGCGGACAAGGCGACUAAGACUGAUGAUGUUUUUUUUAAUGGCGAACCAGAAACGAUAAUUUCAUGUCCGACAACGACGAAUGCAGCCACUAUGACGACAACCGUAUCGGCUACAGAAACCACGUGUCCUUUCUCAACGGCCACUUCUCGUUCAUCAGUUUGCGUUACUGCUGCUCCUGUAGCUGUUCCUGCAGCUUCAGCAACCCCUUCCUCUUGUCACUUGCCUGUUAGUCGGCAAAGCUCUCGCACCGAAACAGCUGUUUCAAAAAUGCCACUUUCACCGCCACCACCUUUAUCUACAUCAGAGACUGUGGGAGGUGCCGCAAGCUCUUCUGUUUCCACGACUAGAAUGAGUUACGCCCAAGUUGCGCAACAUCAUAAAGAGAUACGCGCCGCACAAAAGGAGAAAUAUCAGCAGCAAUUAAAAGACAGGCACCAACAGCCUCAAAGUGUUUCCGAACCCUCUCAGCUGCAAGCCUCAGUUAGUUCUGCUAUUAAGGUGGGAGGCGGAGUAUCUGUUUCCAUUUCACCCUCUCCGUCAGCAGCGCCCGCCGUAACGACAAGUCCUGGAACUGGAAGAAGUAUGCAACAGCAGACUGAAAUUCGUGACGGGAACCAGCAAAAAGAUGCGUCUCAACAACAGGGACGUCAUCAUAGUUCAUCUGUGCCUACAGCUACAUCAGUAAGAAACGGUUCGCGAGCUAACUAUAUAAACAGUGGAACGUCGUCCGCACAGGCGCAACAAUCGCGGCGAAGGUCUGAGCAACAACAGCGGCAGUUCCGCGACUUCGUUCCUGCUCGGUCUCCGAAGUAGCAGCAAAUAUCGCACCACGAUGAUGCAUUAAUAUCGUCGCGCGUGUACGCAUGUCAGGUAACAUUGUUAAUACUAAUGACGUUAAUGGUAACAAUAGAGGUCUUGCGACACUCUAAAAGCGCCAACAAUACAAAGGAAAUAACGGUGGUUAGUGGUGGUGCUGCCGAACGCGAUAAAAAGAGACGGACAAUGCGCUGGUGCGUCUUCCUUAUUUUGUUAUUGUAAUUUUUUAAUGUCUCAACAGUCCGAUGGCUCGCCGCCCACAACGCGAUUCACCAUAAAGUGGUAUACUGCCCAAAAUUUUGGCAUUUAACUGUGUAGACGUACUUUUUCUUUCCCAACCAUUUUGUUUUUUUUAACGAUGAGUUUCUAGUUUGUUCUUCAAUUGAAAAAUAACAAUAAUUGUUUUAUGCGAGAGUCCAUGUUCCUACCCGAUGGAGGAGUUAUGUUGAAUAUUAUUAAUAAUGAUAAUGAUUAAUUAAUUAAUAUUAAAUGGUAACGAUUAAACUUUAAAUAGUAAGUUUACAUAAGUGCUGCAGGUAAGCGGUCCUCCCUUUCCCUACCCGCUUGCUUUGCUCGUGUGGCUCCCGGGGGGACCGGCUCGCGCGUGCGUCUGUGAUAGGCCCUUGACGUUCUUCUACUCCGCAUAUAUACAUACAUAUAUAGAUAGUAUACAUUAUACAUAUACAAUAUGUUAUAAAUAUGAUAUAAUGCAUUGCCUUCAGUUAAUGUAUGUUAAUCGAAGGGAUCACGUAUAAGCUGCUUAGGUGAUUUUAUCCCUAUUUUUCAACUUGUAUGUAGAAAAUGGCGAUAUAAGGUGUUUUUUGUAGCUUAUUCAUUGCUAUGUUUUACUUGUGGCCAAAUUUCUGGAUAUUUUUUUUUUAUUUUACGAAUCGAUGUUUUUUUUUGUUAGUACUAAAACAUUACAUUAAAUAAUGACAAAAUUGCCAAAGGAUUUUUGACUUCGAUAAUAGUGCGAAAAUGUCAGUUGCCGGUCGCCAUGGAUAUGUACGCUUCAGAACUUUUACAGAAUUAUGAAGUCUGACCUUCCCCUAAACGUGUCAUAUAUUCAAUGGACUUACACGAUAUGGACAACAACUCAUUCGAUUUCUCUCUAACUCUCUUAUUACAUUUUGUGAAAAAAGAAGUCUUCAUUCGAUUGUCGUCGUCAUCGUAUUCUGUGUGUUGUAAUAAAGACUAAUAAAAUGAUAAUAAUAAUAACAAUGCUGAAGAUAACGCUGUUAUUAAUGUUACUCUUUUGACAAAAUAAUUACCAUUAUGUGUAUGUAUAAGCUGUAUAAGGGAAGCCUAGUUUUUAGGUUAAUAUUGUUGCUGGGUAUAACAUUUUAUUAGUGACUGAUUUGGUCGUCUCUAAUUACUCAGGUUAAACAAAAUCAUUUUUACAACAAGCUUUUUCUAUUAAAAUAUCGUAACUCUUUAACCAAAGCUAAAAAACGCUCAAAUUUGCGAAAGUUUCAUUAGAUAUUUGGCUGUGCGUGUACAUAACUGUUUUUAUUGUUUUUUAUGUUGACGAAACCGAUUUUUUCGUAAACACUGUGUUGUCUUAUCUAUUGAUCUGCAAUUUAAUGAAACAAAAUGUUCGAUAUUUAGAUUACAUAAACUGUCUUUUAUGCCAAUUGCAGUUUUGCUCAAUUAUUAACCACAAUUUAUUUAUUUUGAUUACUUACGAUGUGUUAACUAAGAAAUUCCUUUUCGUUUCUGAGAUAUAACGUGUAGCGAUGUGAUCAAAUACUACAAGAACGCACUUGGAUAGUAUAGUACCUGGCAUUGAAUGGCAUGAAAUUGUAAAAGCGUCUUGGUUUUCUAGGUGGUUAUAAUUACAUGUCCAUUCUAUUUCAAAAAUGUUUUGUAACAACAUAAAAGCCUAGUAAAAAUUUGAUAGUAUAAUUAUUAAGGAGAGUGGUUAAUAGUUUUUAUUUAGGAGUAUUCGCUCCUGUUAGUUUUAGGAGUUUGCUUAACUACAUAAGCCGAAAUAAGAAAAAAAUCUUAACUUAUCCUCUUUUAACAUAUUUUGAGUGAAUACUUUAUUUUAAUAGAGAACAAAAUGUUGGUACAUGGUGUACACAUAAUUUGGUUUAAACGUUUUAACGAAUACAAUAAUUGAUUGUAUAAAGAAAACCUGAGCAACUAGAGACGCCAAUCAUUUUCUUUAUGAUAUGUUAUGUAAGUUAUUUUAAGACUGUUAGAAAUUACAAUUAUAUUGUUAUAUUAUUUAGUCCUUGUUCUUUUCAUAUUAUUUAGACGUGCAUGUUUAAUCAAGUAAUUUUAAACCCUCCCAUUACAUCUUCAAUUUUUUAUAUAGGUAUACUUAAAAAAUAACAAAUAAGGGAGGAAAUUCAAUUCGUGCGCGUAUAAAAAUUUGAUAUGCAAGAGUCAUUUCCGUAUGGAAAGGUGUUGAUACAAUGCUAGUGUGUUUUUAGCACGUAAUACAUAUUUAUAAAUGAUAUUUUGUCUUUUAUGGUAGGAGUGUUGCCCAUUGUUUUCCUUACUUGACAUUUUCAGCUUGAAAAUGUUCAGUGGUAGAAGUUGAAACGCUCUUGCGACUUCUAUGAACAGCGCAUAGUGAUCAGACUUUUACUAUUCUUCUCUUCUAUUUUUUUCUGUUUGUUUUCAUUUAGGUUUAUCUAUAAGGCUUCAUUUAACUGCGUACACAUACAUACAUACAUAUACUUUUAACCUUGUAAAAUGGUUAGUGCUACAAGUCCAUAUUACGUCGCACGACACUGUACAGUUUGCUGAAAGGCUUUUAAAAAGAAAAAUCAAGUUGUUAUGUUUUGUUAUUAUUUUAGAAUCGAUUAAUAGGGUGUGCGUUUUGUAUACAGUUCGAUGCAAAAGUCACGCAGCAAAAGGCCGAUUGUGUCGGGUGGACGUUGCAAAAAAAAUAAAGUCAUUUGAAAUAUA